GGUGGAGGAGAUCGAGAGGUUCUUGUAUCAGAGAUGGACUACCAACUUACUGGACAGGAACAGUGCCGGAUUAAGGAGGAAGCCAAAGUCUCUAAGGAAGAGGAGUUGGACAGUUUAAAAGAGGAAGUGAGUGAGCUUUACAUGGAUGUGGUGAUGGAGAAUUGCCAGAUUCUGGAUGAUUAUUUGAACAGAAGUUGUCCUAUGCGUCACAAGAAGAAAAAUCCACUCCAGCAUAACCACAAAUCCACCAGCAUAAAAGCUAUAGAUUCUACUGAACUAGAAGAAGGAAGUCCCUCAGAAUCGUGUAUGUCUGAUCAUGAGAGACUACAUGGAGAAGAAAAGCUAUUUGAUUGUUCUGAAUGUGGGAAGUGUUUUACCCAGAACUUAUACCUUGUUAGGCAUCAGAGAACUCACACAGGAGAGCUGCCCUUCUCAUGUUAUGAGUGUAGGAAACGUUUUAGAUCUAGUUAUUUACUUAUUAAACAUCAAAGGACUCACACUGGCGAUAAACCAUUUGCAUGUUCUGAGUGUGGGAAAUGUUUUGGCAGUAAUCCAGAUCUCAUUAGGCACCAGACAACUCAUACUGGUGUGAAAGCUUUUUCCUGUUCUGAAUGUGGGAAAUGUUUUAAUGCUAAAUAUCUGCUACUUGGGCACCACAGAACACACACAGGAGAAAAACCUUUUUCAUGUUCAGAUUGUGGGAAAUACUUUAGAUUUAAAUCUAAUUAUGAUAGACAUCAGAGAACUCACACUGGAGAGAAACCAUUUGCAUGUACGGAGUGUGGGAAAUGUUUCAGCUCUAAGUUUCUGCUUUGUAAACACCAGAUAACUCACACAGAAGAUAAAACAUUUUCAUGUUCUGAAUGUGGGAAAUGUUUUAGCAGUAAUCCAGCUCUCAUUAGGCACCAGACAACUCAUACAGGUGUGAAAGCUUUUUCUUGUUCUGAAUGUGGGAAAUGUUUUAAUACUAAAGAUCUGCUACUUGGGCACCACAGAAUACACACGGGAGAGAAACCUUUCUCAUGUUCAGAAUGUGGGAAAUACUUUAACUGUAAAUCUAAUCUUAAUAGACAUCAGAAAACUCACACAGGAGAGAAGCCGUAUUCAUGUUCAGAAUGUGGGAAAUGUUUUGUUGAAAAAGCAAAACUAGCAAUACAUCAGAGAACUCACACAGGAGAGAAACCUUUUUCAUGUUCUGAGUGUGAUCAGAGCUUCAGACACCACACACAACUUGUUGCACAUCAGAAAACUCACAUAGGAGAUAUUUCCCUGUGUUGCUCUGAGUGUGGGAAAUAUUUAAAUUGUAACUCUGCUCUUGUCACACACCAGAGAAUACAUACAGGAGAGAAACCAUUCUUGUGUUCUGAAUGUGGAAAAUCAUUUAUCUGUAAUGCAGAUCUUGUCAGACAUCAGAGAAUACAUACAGGAGAGAAACCAUUCUCGUGUUCUGAAUGUGGAAAAUCAUUUAUCUGUAAUGCAUAUCUUGUCAGACAUCAGAGAAUACAUACAGGAGAGAAACCAUUCUCGUGUUCUGAAUGUGGAAAAUCAUUUAGCUGUAAUACAUAUCUUGUCAGACAUCAGAGAAUUCACAUGUGAAACAAGC